AUGUCUCCGUUAUCAAAUUUCGAAAAUAAAAACGUUCUGAAGCAAGCAAGUUUUUCCUCCGAAGGAACUCUUUCUCUUUCCAAUUUCAAGGUGUCAUUUCUUGAAAGAAGGGUUCCUGUAUUAGUUUGCGCCACAGUUAUAAUCUUACUUAUUCUCUUCGCCGUGAGCGUUUAUGCAAUUUAUAUUUCCCUUUUCCACUUUGGGUAUAUUUAUGCUACUAAGGAACCAAAUGCAGAAAUUGGCUGUGGAGUUGUGAAGGGUUUUAUUGACAGGGAUGUUGUACAUUAUCUUGGAAUACCUUAUGCUCUUCCACCAAUUAACAGCCUUAGGUUUCAAAAACCUGUUGAGCUCACUACAUACGAUCUUUGUGUAAAAGCUUGGAAUACUCCUAGAAGUCGUGAUAAAAGUGUUCUGAAGGCCUUAUCAUAUCGCAAUGUUUGUAUGCAGUUAGUUCCCAUUUCGAAUGAAAUUAUUGGAAGCGAAGACUGCCUCUAUCUAAACAUAUUUGUACCUCUAACUCACAAAGUAGAUGAACUUCAUCCCGUUAUUUUUAUAAUCGGUGGUUUCUUUUUCAAUUAUGGUGGUUCAUUUAAUGGGUCAACAUUCCUUCAUCAACCAGAUUCUACAACUGUGACUGAUUUGAAUGCUAUAGUGAUUACCUUUAACUAUCGAUUAGGCCCUUUCGGUUUCUUGACCAAUCCUUUAACAAAAGUUGCAAAUAUAGGGAUUCGUGAUCAACUAGCAGCUCUACGGUGGGUCAGGAUGAAUAUUCGAAAUUUUGGGGGUGAUCCACUUAAAAUAACUGCUUUCUCUUAUGGUUCAGGAGCAACAAGCACUAUAGCCUUGCUUGGCUCUCCUUUAGCUCAAAAUCUUUUUGCCAAGGCCUGGAUAAGUGCUCCCGCUCUUUGCAAACCAGAGAUCACCCUCUCCGAUGCUAUCGAGACUUCAAAGCAGGUUUUUAAAUGUACGAAUUCCGCGUGCACUCAAACAGAAGAGGAGAUCAUUCGAAUUUGGAACUGGACUUCAGUCGAACCUUGGAUCAAACAGCUCUUCACCAUUCCCUCUCUUUCAUCACCUUAUUGUCUUCCUGGCUUACCAUGCACUGGAGGUAUUUUAGUUGUCGACGAUGAGGUUAUAACCAAUUCAAGCUGGAAUUCUCCUCUCUCCCCAAUUCCAAUAGUUGUCGGCCAAAAUUCUCACGAAGCUGAAGCCUAUCCAUUUCCUAACACCGUUCAGCUAUGGACCUUUAUGACCAUGUCUGAGUAUAUUCAAAAUAUUUUCGAUAAUCACAGUGAAGAAAUUAGUCUAAUUAACGACCAUUACCUUUCUAAAGAAAAAACGGCAGAAAAUAUGAAUGCGAAUACAUCACUCAAUGUGCAUAACGUUGUGACUAAAUAUUCUGAAAUUGUCACUGAUAUUCGCGUUACCUGUCCAUUGCAAGCUUAUGCGCAGUUUCUUCGUAAAAUUCAGCCUAUUCAACGAUAUUACAUUCGUAGUCGACAUGUUAAUUUCAAUCCCUAUAGUCUGGACUCCUUUGUCUCUUCUGCAUUUCACGGUUGGGAUGCCUUUCUUCUUUUUAAGAUUUAUCGUUAUCACCCCGAUUAUAUCUAUGCCUCUGACAGGUCAACUCUGCCGGACAAAACUCUGGAAAAACUCAGUGAAAAUUUCUGCUCUUCUUUGAAACACUUUAUUUGGAGUGGAACGUUAUUUCCUGGGAAGAAGAACACCCUGCUAACAUUCUUUGAAAAUGAAGUGGUCUAUUCAACGUCAUUGGACAAUUUAUCUAUGUGCAAAGAGUGGAACGGCCUAAUUGCCCAUUCUCCAUAUCGUCAUGCCUGGAAGGCCUAA